UCGAGCGGUCCAAAGAGCGCGUCUUCAGUCGCAGAUCUCGGUUCCCGAUCACUCCCCGAUCACUCCCCCCAAGCCAUCCCUCUUCGCACUCGCGUGGUCUUCGAGACCAUUCUUCUGUUUUUUCUGGUGGUGCUCAUACAGUGGUGUGCGCGGUGUUCUCCCUGUGGAUUCCGGUGGUGCAUGACCCAUUGACCGCAUGCCCGGUCGCGCGACCCACCUGCUGCUCCUUGGCUGCCUGCUCUGCCUGAUCGGCGAUGUGCCGAGGACCGCGGCCCUCCACCGCUGGAGUCCCAUGAUGAAGGCCUUCCGCUACCUCCAGGAGACCAUGCUGCGGAACAGCCUGGAGCGGGCCCACCUCAACCAUGGCAUCGUCUUCGAGUGCCGCACCAUUUCAGCUAAGGACUUUGGCAACGAAGUGCACUUCAAUCUGCAACUGGGGGACCUUCGCGGAUUUCGUCGGCUGGAUCCUAAGAAAAAGUUGGCCCUGUUCUUGCACGGAUGGAAUGAUCAGGGCAGCAAGGAUUGGGUGCAGGAACUAUUGCUGACUUGGACCCUCUUCGACUCCAACUACAAUGUGUGCGUCGUGGACUGGGGCAACCUCUCCCAGAACGACUACAAGUCCGCCUCCAUGUCCAUCUUCGAUGUGGGUCUGACGGUGGCCGGGAUCAUAAUGGCGCUGGAGGAGCUGCGGCCCGCCCACUUCCACCGCAGCAACGUGACCUUGGCGGGCUACAGCCUGGGGGCCCACGCCGCCGGCUACGCGGGGGCGGUGCUGGAGGGCCAGGUGGAGCAGAUCAUAGGGCUGGACCCCGCCGGACCCCUCUUCUCGCUGCCCGCCGAGGUGGCGCCCAAGUACCGCCUGGACCCCGGCGACGCCCGGUUCGUCCAGGUGCUGCACACCUCCGGCGGCUCCCUGGGCACGAGCCUGAAGUGCGGACACGCCGACUUCUAUCCCAACGGCGGCCGGGCUCCGCAGACCAACUGCAAGAUGUUCGCCAACCUGCGGGACAUGCAAAAUACCAAUCCCAUCUCAUGCAGCCACUCGGCGGCUGCGAUCUUCUUCCGCCAGUCCAUGGACCCGGAGUACCCGUUCGUGGGCCUGGAGUGCGGGAGCUACCGGGAGUUCGCCGCCGGAUACUGCGACGCGAACCGGAAGGCGCGCUUCGGGAUCCACUCGCAGAGGCGGGCGCAGGGCAGCUUCUACUUCCGCACCGCCCCCCAGCAGCCGUACGUGCAGAGGCGCCAGACGGGCUGGCUGGGCGGGGUGGGGCGCAUGGCGCCGGGGGGCGGGCGGAGCCCCCUCGUGCUGCGCCUCUGGGCCAACAGCUGGCGGCGGCGGGAGCGAGGGAGAGGGCGCCAGCGGAGGGAGAGAGAGCGGGGGCGCUGCGCGUGAAUAGUUCCUAGUGUGUUGUUAGUGUUAAGGGGCCGUCGAAUAAACGCCGCCUAAGUGUAUGCUAUCUUUUCUGUCUGCGAGGGGCAGCCUAAGGGUUAACAGAGAGAGCCCCAUCUAUAAUAUCAAAAUAUUACCCUCUUUUAUAAAUGUUCAUAAAUGCCACAAAAUAUAUGUAAUGUAAGAAUGGUUGUUAAAACA